AUGUUCAAUCCUUACGGGCUUUUGAAAUUUUGCUGCUCAUGCGCGCAGGAUGCAAGUUGGUGGUAUUGGCUUAACCCUUUUCGCGAAUAUAAAACUAUUAGCGCAGAAGGAUCAUCGAGGAACGACAGUUUUGCAUCUCUUAUGAACCAAAUGCCCAGAAUUUUGCAUAAGGCAAUCAAGAAGGGUCCUCGAGAGUUUGUAUGCCUCUACCAAAAAAGAAGUUUCGGAUGGAACAAGCACCGAAUGGUUUGCUUUCUCAGGCCAGUAAAACUUCCUAAAAGCAACAACCGUAAUCGUCCUGUCGGUUGUUGUUUUUAG